AUGCAGGAAGUUGUAGAGAACGGUCUUCCUACUUUAUUAAAUGAUAAUCGAGUACAGGAUGUGUCACGUCUGUACACACUGCUAAGUCGGGUUGACGGAGGCGUGCCUUUGCUUAAAACAGGCUUUUCUUCUUACAUAAAGAAAGUUGGCAAGGCUAUGGUUACGGAUUCUCAGCGAGAUCAGACUAUGGUAGAAGAUCUAAUGGCUUUCAAGGAUAAGCUUGAUGUCUUUGUUGAGACAUGCUUUGGAUCGAAUGAAGACAAAAUGAAGUUCGCUCAGGCUGAAAAGGAUUCCUUUGAUUAUUUCAUCAACACACGAGGCAACAAACCUGCUGAAUUGAUUGCCAAGUAUAUGGACGCGAGAUUACGUAGUGCGAACAAAGAAGCAUCUGAUGAACAGCUGGAUCAGUUAAUGAAUAAAGUUAUUACGUUAUUCCGUUUUAUCCAAGGUAAAGACGUAUUUGAGGUCUUCUAUAAGAAGGAUUUGGCCAAACGUCUACUCUUUGGCAGAAGUGCUUCGGUUGAUGCCGAGAAAAUCAUGCUGAGUAAAUUGAGACAAGAAUGUGGUGCUGGUUUUACUCAAAAACUCGAGGGUAUGUUUCGAGACAUGGAGUUGUCAAAGGAUCUUGAGAUAGCGUUCCGUAAUUACACACAGCACGAAAGUUCGUUAGGCCGUUUAGACGAGUGUGUCGAGUGCAACGUUUCAUUGCCGCAUCAGUUGAGCUCAUGUCUCCAGCUUUAUGAAAGGUUUUACGACUCAAGGCAUACGGGACGAAAACUUCAGUGGCAACCACGUCUUGGACAAUGUGUUUUAAAAGCCAAUUUCCGAAAAGGAUGCUACAAGGAGCUGAAAGUGUCACUGUUCCAAGCUAUAGUUCUUCUGUUGUUCAACGAUCAGACAUCGUGGACUGCCGCGGACAUCAUGAUGGCGACAAAACUGGAUCAUAAAGAACUGGUUCGUACUAUGGUGUCUUUGUCAUGCGCCAAAGUUCGUGUUCUUCUGAAGUCACCAGCGAAUAAAGAGAUCAAAGAUGAUGAUGUCUUCACAAUCAACACAGAUUUGAAGGAAGUGCGUUUCAGGAUUCGUAUUUCUGAGGUCCAAAUGAAGGAAACGGAGGAGGAGUAUAAAGCAGUCGAGGAGGAGGUCAAUCAAGAUAGACAAUAUCAAAUCGAUGCGGCCAUUGUUCCUACCGAUCUAAAGAAGCGUAUAGCAUCGCUCAUGGAAAGGGAUUAUUUGCGAAGGUGCGACGAUGAUCCAAACGUUUAUCAAUAUGUUGCUUAA